CGGCGGUGGAGGCAGCUGGGGCUGGGCCGGGGUCGUGGCUCGGGACCGGCUCUGUGUCGGUGGUGGUGAGCAGCAGCCUGAACACCUUCUGUGCCCACAAGCGUUACAGUACCGGCCUCACCAUCGCCGAGUUCAAGUGCAAACUGGAGCUGGUGGUGGGCAGCCCGGCCUCCUGCAUGGACCUGGAGCUGUACGGUGCUGAGGAGGAGCUGCUGGGACGCCUGGACUGUGACGAGGCCCUGCUGGGCUCCUACCCCGUGGCCGAUGGCUGCCGCGUGCACAGUCCCUUUGGUCCUUCCUGCGCCAGCAGUGUUGGGGACAUUACGACGCUGAGGGGACACGGCGCCGGGCCCAGGAAGCAGUGCUGGCGGCUGCCCUCCCCCUUGGUGCCCGUUGCCAAGUCCGGCUACUGGGACAACCCUCCAAACUUGCCACCAUCAUGUUUGUGGGCCAAACCCACUUCAAGCCAGGCUACUGGGUGGGUGUCCGCUAUGAUGAGCCGCUGGGCAAGCAUGAUGGCAGUGUGGGCAGUCGCCGUUAUUUCGAGUGCCAGCCCAAGUACGGCGCCUUUGUCAAACCCCAGAGCGUCACCCCCGGGGACUUCCCUGAGGAGGAGGACGGCCUCGAGGAUGAGCUGUGAGGGGACACCGGGGGGGGGGGGGCCCACUGGGGGAAACCACAGCCUCAAAUCGCUGUGUUUUUCCCUUGUUUUGGGGUGCCCCCCCCGCUCUGUCCCCUUCCCCCCCAAGCGCAUCCCAGUGCUGGUUUCACCCCAAAAUUCCCCCCCUCCCCCCGUCCCCCUUCUGGCGGGGGGCGAGGCUCCCCGCGCCAGCCACGCCCUCUCCCUGCUAGAAGGUGGGGAGAGGGCGUGGCGUGCGGUGUGCUGCAGCCAAUGGGCGGGCGAGUUGAGGAGGAGGAGGCGGUGCCGGAAGGAGUGGCCAAUGGGCGGGUAAGUGGGGCCGGGGUGGGGGGGCGACCCUACAAUAACAACCC